GGGGCUGCCCGCCCGCCGGGCGCGGGGCUCCUGCGCCCGCCCUCCCCCGCCUGCCUCCCGCCUAACCCGCCAUCGCUCCCCCCCUUCCCCCGCCGAGGCGAAGCUGGAGCCGCAGGAGAUCCGCCGGGCACAGGGAGGGGACAGCGAUGGGUUGUUUUCUCUCCCCCGCCCGCCCCGAGAGCUGAGGAGAUGCAGCCCAAGUUCGCCGCGAUGACUCUGCUGCUGGCACCGGGGUUUCUCCGCGGCGUCGCAGCCUCCGGACCGCCUGAAUCCUGCUCCCUCUGAAUCGUCGGCGCCGGGUUAAAGCUCAGUUCUCAUGUUGUGGUUGCUGGGCUGCCGCGCUCCCGUUUUGCGAUGGGAGGUGGAGGAAAAGGGAUUGUCCGUGAGUCAACACCGAAAACGUGAUUAGGAUGAACUGCUUUCACUAAUCUGUUUCUAACCUUACAGUCCAUGUUGGCCUGUGACCCCUCUCAGCUUUCACAUCCAGCCUGAUCAGACCACAACACUGGUCUCCCUAUGGAAGCAGCUGUUUGUAUCUGGCUUUGAGGUCCCAUGGAGAAGCUGAGGAGGGGGAUGGCUCUUCAUAUCCAUGAAGCCUGGAUACUUCUGUUUGUGCUGCCUGGUUUGGUCACUCCAGCUGCCAUCAAUCAUGAAGAUUACCCCGCUGAUGAAGGGGACCAGACCUCCAGUAAUGACAAUCUGAUCUUUGAUGAUUACCGGGGGAAGGGCUGUGUGGAUGACAGUGGCUUUGUGUACAAACUGGGAGAACGUUUUUUCCCAGGACAUUCCAACUGUCCCUGUGUCUGUACUGAGGAUGGACCUGUUUGUGAUCAACCAGAAUGCCCUAAAAUCCACCCAAAGUGCACAAAAGUGGAACACAAUGGAUGCUGUCCAGAAUGCAAAGAAGUGAAAAACUUUUGUGAAUAUCAUGGGAAAAAUUACAAAAUCUUGGAGGAAUUUAAGCCCUCGCCAUGCGAAUGGUGUCGCUGCGAGCCCAGCAAUGAAGUUCACUGUGUUGUAGCAGACUGCGCCGUCCCCGAGUGCGUCAACCCGGUCUAUGAGCCAGAGCAGUGUUGUCCUGUCUGCAAAAAUGGUCCCAACUGCUUUGCGGGCACCACGAUCAUCCCCGCGGGCAUCGAGGUGAAGGUGGACGACUGCAACAUCUGCCACUGCCACAACGGGGACUGGUGGAAGCCAGCGCAGUGCUCCAAGCGCGAGUGCCAGGGCAAGCAGGCUCUGUAGCAGCCCUGGCAGCCGCCCGCUCGCGCGAUGCCGAUGAUGGUGAUGAUGGUGAUGAAGGAACGGCCUCGAUGCUGCCCGGUGUCCGCCCUCCUGCCAGCUGCAAGCCCUGCGUGGGUGCCACGUGAGCAGAGCUGGGUGCCUUGGGCAGGGUGUCCCCGUGCCCCUGCAGCUCCUGUCCUGCUGCUCACACUCUGCUCCCGGUGUCUGCUCUGCUGUGGGGCAGGACAGCAGGAAAACAGCCCACACACCUUCCUGGCCUGGCCAUGCCUCCGAGCACCGAUGGAUUCACUGCUCUCACUUUCUACAGUGUGGAUCUGGGGUUUUUCACAGCUAUUUAUUUGAAGGUUUUUUGCUAUUGUGAUUUUUUUUUUUUUUUAAGUAUCUUCCUAAGCUGGGAUCAUUGGGACAAU